AACUGACCCUCCACGUGGAGACCAGCUAUAGGUCGGAGUAACGUGGAAUGACACACCGGCACCUUCUAUAGCGCCUCCUCCUUCCUCGAUGAGGUUCCGAUUACUGUAACCCAAUAAUAAUACUUCCUCCCACUUUGCCUAAUAUAAUCCUCACAUAAAUCACACGCAGCGUCUCACACACUAGCAACUGCAUUUCUUGAUUGUAUCUAUGAUUUGCAGUUAUUUGUAAGUUCUUUAAGGUUUUCAGAUGGAGAUGGGGAUGGGGAUGAAGGUCUUUGGUCUUGAUAUGGUGGCCUGCAGAGGAUUCAUAUAUACAGUACUUAUUCUGAAUUUCGUGUUUUGUUGUCAGCUUAUUCUCCUCCAGCCUCUUGUUGCUGCCAUAGAUGGAAAACCCGGUGAUCCUGCUACUCUAUUUGAGAGGGUUUCACAGAGUAUAAAAGUGAAAAAAUAUAGUGAGGCACUCGCUGAACUCAAUGCUGCUAUAGAGGCUGAUCCAGCACUUUCAGAAGCAUAUUCACAUCGAGCAUCUGUCCUUCGUCAGUUGUGCAGAUAUGAGGAAUCGGAGGAAAGUUACAAAAAGUUCUUGGAGAUGAAACCUGGGAAUUCAGCAGCAGAGAAGGAGCUUUCUCAGUUACACCAAGCUAGGAAUGCCUUAGAUUCAGCCGACAAUCUUUUCAUUUCAGGAGACUUUAAUAAAGCUUUGGAAUAUAUCGAAAAAGUUGUACUUGUUUUCUCUCCAGCGUGCUCCAAGGCUAAACUCCUUAAAGUGAGAUUAUUGAUAGCAACUAAAGAUUAUUCAAGUGCCAUAACUGAGACAGGAUAUAUUCUUAAAGAAGAUGAAGCUAAUUUAGAGGCAUUGCUGUUACGGGGUCGUGCUUACUAUUAUUUAGCUGAUCAUGAUGUUGCCGUUAGACAUUACCAGAAGGGUCUCCGACUGGACCCUGAGCACGGGGAGUUGAAGAAAGCCUAUUUUGGAUUGAAAAACCUCCUGAAAAAGACUAAAAGUGCAGAAGAUAAUGCCAGCAAGGGUAAGCUUCGCCUGGCAGUAGAGGAUUAUAAAGCAGCCCUUGCUUUGGAUCCUGACCAUUCUGCAUAUAAUGUACAUCUUCAUCUUGGAUUGUGUAAAGUCUUGGUGAAACUUGGUAGGGGAAAGGAUGCUGUGGCAAGUUGCACAGAAGCACUUGAAAUUGAUGGAGAUUUAGUUGAAGCUCUAGCCCAGAGGGGUGAAGCUAAGCUUUUGGUGGAAGAUUGGGAAGGAGCCGUAGCAGACCUAAAAUCAGCAGCUGAAAAGUCGCCGCAGGAUAUGAAUAUUCGUGAAGCUUUAAUGAAGGCUGAAAGAUCACUGAAAUUGAGCCAACGGAAGGACUGGUACAAGAUAUUGGGAGUUUCAAAAACUGCGUCCAUGUCAGAGAUUAAGAAAGCUUACAAGAAGCUCGCUUUACAGUGGCAUCCAGAUAAGAAUGUUGACAAUAGAGAGGAAGCUGAAGCCAAAUUCCGGGAAAUAGCCGCUGCAUAUGAGAUUCUUGGUGAUGAGGACAAGCGCACCAGAUAUGACAGGGGUGAAGAUCUUGAUGACAUGGGAACCGGAAUGGGCGGUGGAGGAUUCAAUCCUUUCGGGGGAGGAGGCCAACAAUAUACCUUCCACUUUGAAGGAGGGUUUCCCGGAGGUGGAUUUCCUGGUGGAUUUGGAGGUUUUCAUUUUUAACUUCAUGCGGAGUAGGAAAAUGCAUUUCCUGGAAUUCUUACUGAGGAUGAGGCUCAGAGCGUUCAUUUUCUUUAGAAAUAGCAGUUUUGACUAACCUUCAACAGCUGCAGUUGGUUACACUUUUAUAGGCCUUUUUUUUUCCCCAAAUGCUUAUCAUUGGCUCAUUGCAGUAUGUUGUACUUGACAGCCUGGUGAAAUGGAAAUAACAUUAGGAAA